GAGAAAUUUGAAACUUCAUCGCUCUACUUCUGCUAGCCUCUUUGUUCUUUACUUUUCCGAGCAAGUGAAAAUUUCUCUGCUCUUACAAGAUCCUGAUCCAGGGAAAACAGGUGGUACGGUAGGUACGUAUCUCUCAGAACUCGUCGUCUGCAAAAAGGUUAUUUACCCAACGAUGGAGCAGAACGCCUCCGCGGGGUUCGCGAAAAAAAUCGAGAUGCCGGGCGACUUCCCGGAGAUCCUGAAGGACUUCACACGGGAGGUUUUGAGGCAUCAACCAGGAAACGUGUACGAAUUCGGCGUAAAAUAUUUCGAAGAGAAACUCCUCGCGUCCGGUUCGGCGGCUUUGGAGUCCGCAUUGUCGGGCGAUGACUUGUCCCUGGAGAAGAUGGAAGAGAUCAUCCAGCAGCUCUUUAUCAAAUACGACGAAGACAAGUCCGGCUACCUGGACAGGAGAGAAUUCAGAAAAUUGCUCUCAGACCUCAGGACACAGUACGCAUUUUUUUUUAAAAACCUCGAUCUACAUCUUCACGUAAGUAGACGUGCGGGUCGUGGAGGUCGCUGUUCAUGUUAAUGCCAUAAAUAAGUAGUAUCGCAGCACUGCAGGUUCGGACUUUUCGUACAGGAACCUCACGUCGAAUGUCAUGAACCCACCAGAAUAUUCCACAUAAUGUGAAAACGCGAAAAUCUGCAAUCGCAAACUCAUCUUCAGGAUUCCUUUUAUUUCCGAAGACGAUUAUCCUGAGUAAAAAUAGAUGUCCCCACUAGAUUUUUGUUUCUUCCAGUACAUAGCUUGAACACCCUAAGGUCAAGAUAGAUCAUUUAAGGCUGUUCUUGCGCUCCACCAGCCGAAAACAUGUUGAAUAAAUCCGAUUUCAAAAAGUCCCGGAGAGCAAUGAAUAGAAAAUGCUCCCAAUGUGCUGGCGCAUGAGAGGACACAAGCUAGGCCUAGGGCUAGGCAUGCAAAGGAAUAUGCAUGAAAAGUCUGGGGAGGUGGGGAUGUUUUUACUCCGGAUAGCGACCUGUUCUUCUUUAUGUCCGAGGCAGACGGUGACGAAAACAACGUAUGCAGUGCAAAAGUGUCUGGGUCCGGAAGAUGAACAGGGCAAGCUGUUUUGCAUGGAGACCGAAAAGAUCGCAGCUUGGUGUGUCCUGCAAAAACGCAGCGCGCUGCAGAUAGGUACAGAGGGUCCCACCAGGACGAACUUGAACUUGUCGUGCUAGCUUGGCUGCAUUUAGAAGUCAGUGUAGUGCAAGUGCUCCCAUCAUGCACAAAUUCGUAUCGCAAAUUUCCAGACCCAGUUCGAUUUUCUCAAUGCAUAAAACCAGAUCGAAUACGACGAGUUUAUUCCAGUAGCACUGCAAAUCAUCCAGACAAUGUAUCUAUACCUAGCUCCUACGAGCAGCGUAUCUUCUUCCUCAAUUAAGAUUAAGAAUGACAAAAACAUCCUAGCUUUUCGUUUUUUUGAUGUGGUCUUUCACUUUUGAACAUGACCAAAAUAACCACCACACGUCGAAGGGGAAGGAAAGGAGUAAACUCAUAAUAUUGAAAAAAAAAUGCAGGUACUCCCGGAAAAAGCACCUCGCGCACAAGCAGGAAGUGCAGGCACAGGCACAAGUAUGGAACAAAUUCGACAGCCUAGCCGCGGUCAAUAGGUAACAUCAAUCCGGCGUUGUCCUGUUGGGUGCCACUUUUCUUUUAGGAGGUGGAGAAGCACUAGCUGCACCAGAAAUGAUGUUCAUGUUGUUUUAAGUAUUUCAUUCAUUCCACGACGAACUCUACUGCAUCAUGAUCUUCGAUGGCAAGAACGUGUUGCACCAGCACCCUCAAGAUGACAUUACGGCCAGUAUGAAUCGAAGUUAAUACAUGUUGAUCGUGAUCGAAUUUCAUCCCUUGCAUAAACUGCAAUCCUGGUGCACGGUAUGGAUCGAGCAGAGCUUGAGGACGUGCUGCAAAAAUUGUUCCGAAACUUCGACACCGACGGGUACUAUAGUGCAUCUGCAUACUUACUGGCUUACUGAAAAUGAGCAUGACAAGUAGUUGAUUUGUCUUUUGAUUUCCAUGCGCGAUUCGUGUAACUCAAGUCUAAAAGUCGCUGUCCUUAUUUCUUCAAAACCUAAAAUGAACUCUAUGAUAAUGAUUGACUGUUGUUUGAGUAGACGCAUCGAUCUAAGUACCUUCAUGCGAUGGUAACAACUUGUAGUACGCGCAUGUAUUAAGACAGAAGAAAUAGUGCAAAUUUUGCAGUGAUCCCUCGUCUUUGACUUUUUAUCAGGUCCGGUGCCCUGUCCCGUAGCGAAUUCGAGAAGGCACUGUCCUCCAUGGAGCUCGGCUUGACAAUACCUAUUGCAAAUAUCCCUGGGUUCGUAUUUGUGAUGGGAACAGAUAUCUGUCGCAUAUCAUAUUCUGCAUACGACAAGAAUUAUGGAAUCUGCGAAGAUUAUAAUGGCAUGGAGAGAAUUCGUGACUUUCUCUAUCUUACUGGAAGAACAAGGCCAUGCAAAAUCAUAUAAAUAUGGUGUGGCGCUGGGUGCGGGUGUCCACUACAUGAUGAUGAUGAUGAUGAUGAUGAUGCAGUGGUCGCAAAACUUGUAAUGCGUUUAUGCCGUAGAGAAGUCCGCGCAUGCCCAUGUUGAAAGCGUCGGCAUGACAACAAGUCGCGUGCUUUCAAUAAAUAUCCGGACCCCGAGGACAUAUUUGCAGGGGAUAGACAAGAAAAGAAAUCAAUUCCAUCCUCUUCCACUACGACGCAGACGAGUAUCCUCUGUGAAAUAAACGUCUCGACCCUAUAUCUGCCAUGCAAUUUUAUAUGCUCUCAUGCGCAGGAGCCCCUUGAGAGGCAGCAUUUAUUUCCAAUGCUAUUAGUUUAUCAUUAUCUAGGACGUCGAGUUUGAUGUUUGUCUGCUAACAGACUGUCGGUUUCAGCUUCUGACGCGACUGUGUUAGAAGCUGCAGCCCAUCGCGACAACUAAAAAUGAUCUAGAGAUCCGAAAUUGUCAAUCUAUGCAAAAACAGCGUUCAACCCUGUACCUGUAGUUGAUUCGCGUAUUAUAGCAACAUGCCUAUUUUGACGUUGACGAGGAUCAUCUUCAUCAUGUAUGACUAUGCUAGAAUGGGGUGGGGACGUUUUCACUCGGGAUCACGAGGACGGGAAUAUCACGUAUUCCGAAUUCGUCCCCUUCGCUUUCGAUCUGCUGUCCAAACUAACUGAGUUGAGGAUUUUCGAAACCGAGAUGGCAGAGGACGAGCUCGCACAGUUUCUAUAUCCCAGAGAAAAUAAAACCUAGCAUGCCACUGUCGACGUAAUGCAAGAAGAAUGCACAGAGGACCAGGACAUUCCAGUUCUGCCAUAGAGGGGCCAUAUUACAUGGCACGGGGCCCAGGCUACGCAUGACAGAUUUGCCUAUCUAAGUCGUGCUUAUUCAUCUUGCACGACAAGUGUGAGAAUAUCCCAGUUUUUUUCUGUGUGAUACCCUCGUGGAUUUGUUCAAGGCAAAAGAGGUCGAGCUGGGAGGCAGCGGCGGAGAGAGGCCGCCAGGUAUCAUGUUUAACAACAUGAAACAUGAUUCUUGGAGUGCGUUUAGCUCGUUUUGCAAGCUAAUAACUCUGCGGAAAAUAUAAUUGAAGCAGAUCCAAACGCAAGAAGAUCAUGAAGGUGCAUAUUUACUUACAGCACUACAGUAUUUCUCAUGCGAUGUUGUGGAGAGCCGCAAGUGGGCAAAUAAAUAGUUUGAGCAGCUGCAAGAACCGGCAGUGAAUAAGUAAAAUAGUAGAAAUACCAAAUAGAACUUCUACCUGACUUCUGUGAUCAAGGUAUGCUACCGGUGGACGAAAUCAAGGACCUCCUACACCAAGCGGCAUCUAGGAAAGUGAAAGAUGAAGAAAACGCAUGCAAUAUUCAAUACGUUCUCGUGCUGCUUGUAACUUCCGCCCUCGUCAAGUCUGUGCUUUUCUAUUUCAGGAUGAAAUUAUAAUACUUAAAGGCUUAUUGGUCAUGGCGUUUACAGCAUGAUGGUGAUACAUAAAGCGCUGAUCCUUGAUGGCACGAUACGCUGGCAUCGAAUGAAAAAUGAUGUUGUGCGGGAGUUGGAAAUAAGAGCGUCGCUUUUUCUUUGUUCCUAUCCAUACCUCUGGGUUUGACAAGAUUGCAGGUUAUCGCCGUCGUUUCUGCAGCAGAGGCAAAUGACGAAGGUAAGUAAGUACCUAAAAGCUGCACCGUACAUAUUUUUGUAGGGUAGUUUUCAGUUUUCAUCACUAUUAGCAUGCAGGUCGCGAUUCGAAGCGAUGUACUACUUCUCAUUCAGAAGUCCCGAACUCUUCAUCCACACAAGUUAAGAGGUAGGGAUCGGUGUUGCCGAGGUGCGAAAAACAUCACGGUAGAUGUGGAGCCGGAAUUUUUUGUUGAUACGGCACAACUGACAUCAAUAUACUAAUCAGGUUACGUGAACUAUAUGCAGUUCAUACCGAAGGCGGUGGACGUUGCAAGAGCCCUGAUGUCUUUCGAGGAUGACCUGGCCGCGAAGGUGGAUACCACACAGAAAAAUCAAAAUGCUAGCAUCAUGCUGCCAAUUUGUAAAAUGCAAAAAUAGAAGAUCAUACUUAGGCUCUACUUACAGAAACAAAAAUCCGUCGUCACCAUGCGCGAGCCUAUUAUGAAUAGCAUGCUGUUCCUUGUUUUUCUUCUUGCGAGAUGUUGCAAAAGAUGAAAGUUUUCGUUGUAUUCAUUUUUCCAUAUGACCACAUCAAAUAGAAAUGUGCUAGCUUUUUUCUUUUUCGUGUGUGAUAAUGGAGCUCCGCGACUUGACCGUCGUGGUGCACGAGACCCUCAGCGCCAUGCCGUGCCCAAGUAAACUUCCUUUUUUUCCAUGCAGGAUGCUGAAUUAAGAGUUCGCCUCCAACUGGUAAUGGUAUCGUCGAUUUCAUGCGUGACAAAUCGGUUCAACUUUGACGAUUUCGAUCCUGACACUCACAUUAUGCUAUUAUCCAGGCCCCUAUGGCGACGUCGAAGCCGGUAUCCACGCCCUGGGUGUGGAGGACGGAAUAUCCUGAGUGAAAACGUCCCCGUCGAAUGUUUGUCAUGCAAAUCUGCAUGAUGCUCAGGAACAGGAUGUCAAUGCCUCUCAUGGGCAUGCGAGGCCCAUGAUUCGGGGAAUCAUAUACUAUAUGAUGGUGUUUUAUGUAAUGGCUGACCACGGCUGCAACGACAUGUUCAUGUGCAAGUCCAAAUUCGUCACGCCGAGUUCACAAAGCUUGCUUCUGCACUUCUUGUUUCUGCAUUCUCUAUCUCUUCAUCACGCGGACGAGUUCAGAGAGCUUGCCUCUGUCUCUCACGCGGAGUUCACAAACCUUGCUUGUUAGCAGAUCAUCUCAUGCAUCUUCACGUCGUAUCACUACGCAUUAUACCAUAGGGCGGGGACUACAUUUUCGCUCAGGAUAUGGGAUCGCCCGUAGUUUGCUCACCGCAGC